AUGUGGAGAUGGACAGUGCUUAAGCGUGCGUCUGCGUGCUGGAUUCUGUGUCUGCUGCUGGCCGUUCUUUUGAGCAAUCCUGUGCCAGUUGUUUGCUGGAACAACAGCACGUUGCGAAGACCCAGAACAGACAACUCCACGGUUCCCGUCACUCUCACCGUCGGCGGUAGGCACGUGCGUAGUUACAGCCAUCUCCAAGGAAACGUGCGCAGGCGGAAACUCUUCUCGUUCCAAAAGUUUUUCCUCAGGAUAGAUCAAACCGGGAAGGUUAACGGAACCAAGAACAAAGAUGACCCCUACAGUAUUAUGGAAGUCACAUCAGUGGAUGUGGGUGUUGUAGCAGUCAGAGGACUCCACAGUGCCCGUUACCUCGCCAUCAGCAAGAAGGGAGAACUGUAUGGGGCAAGAAAUUAUGGGAUUAACUGUCGACUGAAAGAGCGAAUUGAGGAGAAUGGCUAUAACACUUACGCAUCUGCUGAGUGGAGAUACAGAAAGAAACAGAUGUUUGUGGGUCUCAGUCCAAAUGGAAAACCUCUCCGAGGAAAGAAAACACGGAGGAAGAAUAUGGCUACACACUUCCUCCCCGUCCUGCCCUGA